AUGAUGUCGCAAAUUUCUAUAGAAAAUGGCAAUAAGGAUCAGGACGAGAAACUACUCAUGCCGUUUACAUACAUACAACAAGUACCUGGAAAGCAAGUCCGGGCUAAACUUACACUCGCCAUCAACUAUUGGUUGAAAGUUAGUGAUACCAAACUCAAAGCUAUUGGAGAAAUUGUUCAAAUGUUACACAACUCAAGCCUACUUUUAGAUGAUAUACAAGAUAAUUCAAUACUUCGUCGCGGUAUACCAGUGGCUCAUUCCAUAUAUGGCAUCGCUAGUACUAUUAACGCCGCCAAUUAUGUGGUCACCAUUGCUUUGGGAAAAACAUUGCAGCUUGAUCAUCCAUUGGCAACAACAGUGUACACGGAACAGCUUCUUGAGCUGUAUCGCGGACAAGGUAUUGAGAUAUACUGGAGAGAUAACUUCUAUUGUCCCACCGAAGACGAAUAUAAGGAGAUGACCAUAAAAAAGACCGGUGGCUUGUUCAUGUUGGCGAUACGUCUCAUGCAGUUGUUCAGUGACAACAAAUCAGAUUUCACCAAACUGUCAUCCAUACUGGGACUAUACUUCCAGAUUCGUGAUGAUUACUGCAAUUUGUGUUUACAGGAGUAUAGCGAGAAUAAGAGCUACUGUGAGGAUUUAACUGAGGGAAAAUUCAGCUUCCCAAUAAUACACGCGAUACACACACACAAGGAAGAUAAUCAAGUCCUUCACAUCCUCCGUCAGCGGACGCGUGAUGUUGAGGUGAAGCGUUAUUGCAUCUCAUUGUUGGAGAAGUUUGGAAGCUUCCAAUACACACGAGAACGAUUGGCCAUGUUAGACCAAGAGGCUAGAGAUGAGGUUCGACGUCUGGGUGGCAACCCUCACUUAGAAGAAUUCUUGGAUGAUCUUUUGAGUUGGAGGCGAGACAAGAAAUUGAACAAUUUUGAACAAUAA